AUGUCGCAAGUGAAGAAUACGGGUGGUCAAAAAGCCGGCUGCAUUUAUAGGAUAACACUCGCUAACUUCGUAACAUACCAAAGUGUGGAACUGUUACCGAAUUCAUCGUUGAACUUGAUCAUUGGUCCCAAUGGCACUGGCAAGUCCACGUUUGUGUGCGCUAUUAUACUGGGGCUCUGUGGCAAGCCGAGUGUUAUUGGACGAGCAAAGAAAAUAUCAGAAUACGUUAGAAGCGGUUGUGAUGAAGCGACUAUAGAAAUAGAGUUAUACCAGAAGCCAGGACAGAAGAAUGUUAUCAUUAAGAGAAUAUUCAACACCUCGGACCAGUCCAAAUGGUACAUCGACCACAAGUUGGUACAAGUUAAGCAAGUACAGGAACUUAUAGCUUCGUUGAAUAUACAAGUAGACAAUCUAUGCCAGCUACUACCUCAAGACCGAGUCCAAGACUUUUCAAAGAUGAAUUCUCAGGAACUACUGCGCAGCACUCUGUCAGCAGUGGGUGGGCAGGAGAGUGUCUCUCAACUGGACGAGUUGAUUGAAUGCCGGACCAAACAGAGGGGCUUGUCCACACAGCUACAGACUAACAGACAAACUAUGGAGGAGUACAUACGGUUGAAUGAGAGAUUAAAAGUAAUAAUAGACGCAAUGCAACAGCGGAAAGAGAUUGAGAAACAAAUAGAGAUAUGUGAGAAGAAGAAGAUGUUUUUAGAGUACAAAGUGGCGAGAGACAAAGUUGUAGAAUUGACAAGAGAUAAAAACGAAGCAGUGAAAAUCGUGAAAACCCAUCAGAGUAAAGUAGAACCCUUGGAACGAGUUAUAGAGGGCGCUAGAGUAGAAAUUGGGAGGCUAGAACAAAAGAAAUUAGCUGCGAAUAAAAAAACGUACGCUUUAAAAGAUCAAGCUAAAGAAAUAAUUAAUACUGUUCGCGCGCAAGAACUCAAACUGAAGGAGAUCGAAGGAGCUUUCCAAGACAAAAUUGAGAGAUAUAGAAAUAGAGAAAGGGAGUUGCAAGAGUCCAAAGCGAAGUUAGAGAAGUUGACUAUGGAUAAGAAUAAAUUGGUGGAGAAAGUUGGAGACGCCACAAAAGUGAAGAUGGAUUUAGCAGAAAUACACAAGCCCAUAGCUAAAACUAAUGCCGCUAUAGAAAACCAAAAAAAGAAGAAAUUGGAGAUAAAGUACGACUUGGAAAACAAUGUGAUGCCGCAAAUUAGACUUUAUCAGAACAAGAUUCGUAAACUAGAGGAUGUAGACAAUAAACGUCUAGAAGUGUUAAGAUCUUACAGUGAAGAUACAUAUAAAGCUGUAUUGUGGUUGCGAGAGAAUCGGGAGAUGUUCCAACAACCUGUUUAUGAGCCUAUGAUGCUUGAGAUCGGAUUCACAGAUCCAAAAUUCAUUCGGUACUUAGAGUCUACAGUCGCUGGUAGAGAUCUGAUAGCCUUUACAUUUGAGUCAACCCAGGAUAUGAACCUGUUCCUACAGAAAGUCCGAAGGGAACUUGGUUUGAAGCAAGUUAAUGCAGUUUGUAGUCAAAGCGGACCUAUAGACCGGCCUCAGACUAGUAUUCAGCAGUUGAGCUACCUAGGUUUCUACGCCUACAUAGUGGACACAAUAACGGCUCCGUCCGCGAUAGUUCGGUACCUGUGUCGGAACUACGGCAUACAUCGAGUGCCCAUUGGAAACGAACAUACUUACAAGAAUAGCGGGAAUGUGCCCGCUCAUAUCAGCUUCUUUUUUACUGAAAACCAUAGAUUCACAGUUCGUGUAUCUAAGUACAGCGGGGAGAAGUCGACGUCUACCACUGAAGUCCGCCCGGCGAAGCUUCUAGCGAACACCGUCGAUGUUGACCAAAUCGAUAAUUUUACUAAACAAUUGUCCGCCUUCGAACAAACUGCGCAGUCGCAUAGAGCGACUAUGCAAGAGAUUGAAAGGAAUCUGACGAAACUGGAGAGUUCCCUAAACGAGUUCAAUAUGAGGAGGAAGGCUAUUAAUGAGGGAGUUGAGAAAGUGCGAACAAUAACAGCCCAAAUACGCGUACAAACGAAGAAAGUCGAAGAUAUAGAGCGAGAAGCAACGUUUGACAUCGAACAGGAAAGACAUCGCUGUAGGCAGAAGCAAAAGGUCUGUGUUCUGAAACAGUGCAAUAGUCACGUAGAACUGAAGCAUUGCUACACUACACUCUGCGAGGAAACUAAGAAAGCUCAAUUGUGGAAGACAAAACUGGACAUCAGCAGAAACGGGAUAGUGGACCAAGAAAAUCAAUUGAGAGAAUUGAAGACGGAAUUGAGGAAUGUUCAGGCAACCCUAGAAAACAUAGAGAAUCAACUGACCAGAGCAAAAUCGGAUGCCAAAGAGAAGUUACUAGAAGCGAAAAAGACUUGCAAUAAUAAAUUACCGGAAGAUAAAGAUUUUCCAUACAAAAGGGAGUUUGCAGACUUGCCGAGCGAAUUGUCGAGGUUGCAGGAACAUUGUUAUGAGUUGCAGACCAAAGUCGACUUUAUGGAUAAAGGCGAUGAACAGGUUAUAAAAGAAUAUGAAGAGCGAGAAAGGAUGAUAGCCAGGCUGCGAUCUGAGGAUAUGAACUCUAGUGAUAUGACGAAAACGCUCGAAGCUAAGAUGAUCGCUGUCAAGAACGCAUGGUUGCCGCCCUUGGAGAAUUUGCUUCGCGAUAUCGACAGGAGUUUCGGCGAUAUGUUCGCGAAAUUGGGCUGCGCCGGUGAAAUCAAACUCGAGAAAGCUGGUGAUGAUGACGACUUCGAUAAAUACGGCAUAUCAAUCCUGGUGCGGUUCCGUGAAUCGGAACAACUACAACAACUCACUCGACACACGCAGUCCGGCGGGGAGCGAGCGUUGUCCACUGCGCUAUAUUUAAUGGCGCUGCAGAGACUUACUACUGUGCCAUUCAGAUGCGUGGACGAGAUAAACCAAGGCAUGGACCCUAUAAACGAGCGGAAAAUGUUCGAGUUGCUCGUCAAAGUGACCACGGAGUCUGAUAACGCACAAUACUUCUUAUUGACACCUAAGCUCCUAGCAAAUCUAAACUACAAUGAGAAAAUAAUGGUCCACACAAUUAUGAACGGACGAAAAAUAAUUCACUACAACAAUUGGAACCACGACACUUUCUUAGAGAGAGCUCUACAAUACAGAAUGUCCUGA